UCGACGAAUUAAACAAUCGUAGUGGCUCUUGUACAUUGAAAUCUGCUACUAGCCACUGUUACUUUUUCGUUUCCUUAGCUGUUUAUAGCAGCUUAGUGUAACUCAUCAAGCUUCACAAGUUUUAUGAAAGUUCAAAAUGACGUCUAUACUGAAUAGCCUUUACACCAUCACUUACUUCAUCCUCAUAUUAGUGUCAUCUUCGAGACUCGUUUUGUCUAAAUCAUCCGACGAUUCAAAAUACGCAGAUGAAAAUUCAGAUGAAUACACAGAUUAUCAACCGCCGAGCCAAGUCACGCCCAGACGAUUUCCACACAUAAUUUCACGAAAAGAGUGGAAUGCUUCGGCACCUAGCUUCGAGAUCGACAAGUUUAAAUAUCAACCUGUUCAACAACUGCAACUGCAUAAAAAUGAUGCCGAGGUCUGUCAGACACUCGGAGAAUGCAAAAUUCUGAUGCGUUACAUACAAAGCAGCGAUAUUAAACACAAGGGUUGGAGUGAUUUGGGUGGUAACUUCUACAUCGCAGCAGAUUCUAUAGUUUUUGAAGGUCGUGGUUGGGAUAAUGUGGGAGAUCCGAGUCGCCGAAAUUUCGACUCAAGUUUGGAAUUCGUGAUUAUAGGAAAAAUUAAGGAUGCUUUAAAAUUCAAAAAUGUUGUAGAAAGCCUGAUUUAUGUGGGAGCCGAAAAAGGAAAAUUAACGAUUGGUAUUCAUGGCAUCGACGCUGAAUGGCUUUGGGGAUAUAACUAA